UUUAAUGAGUCGUGUAAGUGUUUGCCGAACACCGUUAGAUGGUGCAUUAGUGAAAUUUUAGAAUAAAUUAUUUUUAUACGUAAAUUUCAUUUCAUGAUCAUUAAUUAGAAGCAUAUUUCAGGAAGUUCGUAUUAUCCGAUUUAGGAAUAAGGAACUAAUUCAAGAGACAGAAAAGCUUAUGCAAUUUUCUGAAUCAUUUGGAAUACCUCAAUGACGAGACAUUAACAAAAGUACUAAUUCCAAUUUCACAUGGCGUCUUAGGGAGAAUCACAUUUUCGGAAUUUCUUUUACUCUUUCAAUAGAGUCAAAUAUCUGAAUUGAAUGUUUUUCGCCACAAGAAUAUCUGGAUCUUUUAUCUGAAAUCAUUACUUUUCAUAACUCGACCUUUCACAAGUCUCAAAUGAAGCAAAACAAAACGAGAAUAUCAAGAAUUGAAAACUUACAUAUACCUGCGGCCCUACUCGAUCGAAUAAAACGUCGCCUCGCACGCGUGAAAAAUUCGAGCAUCACUAUAUUCCAACUCCAAGCGCUGGCAACAGUAGUCGAAGAAGCAAGAAUUAUAAUCAAACUCGAAAAGUUGAAAAAAAAAAAAAAAUAGAAGAAGGAAAAGGUGUUCAGCAACAAUAGCCCGCGCAUCACUCGGAGCAUGCAAUCUCCCCUGAUGCGCAUAACCGGGAAAUUAAACACAGCCGCGGCUACGCCGUCGCCCGAUUAGCCUAUGAAUGGGAAUCAAGCCAAGAUAAGCAGUCACACACAAAACCCACGAUCUGUGUGCAAACUGCACAGUAGCAGCCUGCGCUGCUCUUACAAAGCCCAUCUAAGUCAACAUUAACCAAACGACGAAAUUCCAUCUCUGGCGAUGCGCCUCGUGCGCCGCGCAAACAAGAUUCCAUCGCACACGACUUUACUCAUGUCUGCGACGAUUAUACUCUGAUGUCGUGUGACGUUAUGUAAGCGUAGGAGCGAAGAGUCUUUUGUGCCUGGACUCGAGGGUUUUACACCCUUUUGUGUGUGUGUGUGCGCGUGUGUGGAUAUAAGGGGAGAAGGAUGAGCGCGACUGGGGGAGUCGGGCGAAAAAUAAAACCUGUUUCGCGAGAGGCUGUUGCGUGAUCAGAGAGAUCGACUCUUUGAUUUUGGUUAAGUGGUUGGGAGGAUGAGGAUAUUUGUGAUAUUAACGGUAAGUCCAUCUCGAUGUUCAAAAAUCUGUAGUGAAAAAACUAAAUCGUCCAACUUAAUCAUCAGCCGCUCAAUGCAACAAAAUCUAGAAAAACCGUAGGAAUCCUCUAGACACACGGAAAAUCAGCUCUACUCUAAUGACGGACAGCUACGACUUGACAACGACUUGACGGAAGCUCCCCCCUCUCUUUCUAACAUCAGAGCAGCAAAUCUGUCGGAUGCAAUUAUUAUCCGUCUCAGGAAUCUAUAACGAUGCAUCGAACCGUUACACAUAAUCAGCGGCAAAUCGUCCGCGACAUUCUCGGAUGUGCGUAAUAGUCCCCGCGUAAUAGAAAAAAAAAAAUAAAUAAAUAAAUAAAUAAAUAAAAUAAACCAAGAACGUAUAGUGCCACAUGUGACAGCGAGCUAUUACUUAAUAAUUCCAGCCUAUCCACACACACACACACACACACACACACAGUCACUCCGGGCGUCGCGUACAGCCAUUAAAAGAAAAGCGAGCGUACUUAUGAGUGUACGAUAUAAUGCGAGAGAAAAAAUAAAGCGAUGAAUAUAUAAUAAUGAAGCGACGGCAGCAGCUACUCUCCGCAGCGCACGAUCCGGAAAUCAAUUGAAGCUCCCUUGCGGGCAGCUCGCUUUGCAUCGGAGCUCGCGCGGAGAGUGGGGCCGCGUAUAAGGUGGGAGAGUAUACACACACACACACACACACGUGAGAGUCGCGCAUGACUACCUGACGGAUGGGUGGGCGUCGCGCAGCCGCACGGCCAAUUGGCCGGUUCUCCAGGCCUAAUGGUGGGUAGGCGGGUGCAGCCAGUGCCGCGGAUGCGCGCACCUACUGCCCUUUCGUUUCUCUUUCCUUCUCUCGCUCUCCCUCUCUCUCUCUCUCUCUCUCUCUCUCUCUCUCUCUCGCUCGCCUCAGACACUCGAGAAGCGAGCGAGCGCAGGUAGGCAGUCAGGCAUCGAUUAGCAGAGAGUCUUGGGCACGCACGCUCGCAGCUUCGCUCCUCUCGCGUCGCUCUCGUAUAUUUUCACGUACUCGCGAGCGAGAUGCCAGGCGCCGCGAGCCCGUCCUCUACCUCCUCAUCGUCAUCGUCCUCGUCGAGAGUGUCGGCCCUCUGAGCUCUGCCUGCUGGGCAUCGAGGAAUCCAUAAGUGUCGAGGAAGCAGCCGGAGUAGCAUAGCCUCGAGGUGAUAUGAUGAUAGGCGGCGGUGUCGCGACGCCACCUGGACAAGCCAAGUCCGCAGCGGCGGCUUGCGAGCUGCCCCAGAAUCACCAGGAGUCGGCGGCGGCCAAAGCUACGACUAUGCUCCUCGAGGACAGGAUAGGAAGCGCGAGUGUCAGUAGUGCCGGUGCUAGUGCUGCGGAACCGACCAGUCCCCUCAGGACUAACAGUCGCGAGGACAGCAACAACAACAACAACAACAACAGCAACAACAACAACAACAGUGGGAAUCACAGUAGCGGGAACAGUAGCAACGACGAGGAGACGACGACGGCGCAGACGACGAGGCGCAAGUGCAACAGUAGCGGCGGCAGCAGAGAGGAGAGAACGACGGAGAGCAGUAGUGCGGGACAGCAGCCGAGUGUGGCCAGACCAUGGGAGCACCGUCACACGGCCCAGCCGACGGCCGCGCAAAUAGCCGCUGUCGCCGCGGCGCAUCAGCAUCACCAGCAGCAUCUGCCACUCGCGCCUGCGUUGAUCGAGGGUAUCAGCCUACCCAACUGCGGCGCCGGCCUCUUCAGCACAAGCGGCACCACCAGCGGCGCCGGCGGCAACAGCAACAACAACAGCAGCAGCGGCGGCACAGGCGGUUCGCGGCAACGAAUGCUCGAGCUGUCGCACGGCCUCGGCGCCUUGAGGCACUAUAACGACCUGGCGAAUCACGUUUUAUCGCUGAACCAGCAAGGUGCCGUCGUCACCAAACUAUUGGGCACCCUCCGCCCACCGGGUCUCAUUGGCGGCAGCAAGCCCAAGGUAGCGACGCCCGCGGUCGUGUCCAAGAUCGAGCAGUACAAGCGGGAGAACCCCACCAUAUUCGCCUGGGAGAUCCGGGAGCGAUUGAUCUCCGAGGGCGUUUGCAGCAACGCGACGGCCCCGUCGGUCAGCAGCAUCAACAGGAUCCUGCGCAACCGAGCAGCCGAGCGCGCUGCCGCGGAAUUCGCGAGGGCAGCUGGUUACGGGCUCUACGCGAGCGGUCCCAAUCCCUACUUCAACUCCGGCCAGUCGCAGUCCCAGUCGCAGUCCCAGUCUCAAUCGGCCCACCAGACGUCCUCGCAUCCGACGUCCGGCAGUUGGCCCGGUGCUCCGGGAGCCCACGCUGCUCAUCCGUGGCUCUUUCCCGGCGGUCUGCCGGCUGGACUCGCCGGUCCAGCCUCGGCUCUGCUGCUCCAGCCACCGCUACCGUCGGCGGCGGCUGCUGCGGCUGCGGCGGCGGCCGCCGCAGCUGCCAGUCCCGAGCACGCGCUUCACGCCGUCGACGCCAUCGCCAGGGGAUACCUGCAUCAGGAAGGCGACGGAGAGGACGGCAGCCUCGACGGCUCGGAGCAGCCCAAGUUCCGGCGUAACCGCACAACCUUCAGCCCGGAGCAGUUGGAGGAGCUGGAGAAGGAGUUCGAGCGCUCGCACUACCCCUGCGUGUCGACGCGCGAGCGACUGGCCUCGAAGACCUCGCUCUCGGAAGCCAGGGUCCAGACGGGCCAAGUGGCGGCGUCACCAGCGCAUGAACCUGCUCAAGCGUUCGCCGCCCCAUCACCCAGCGAGCGGUACCAGCGGCGUCCCGGCCACCUCGUCUAUCCCUACUGUUCCAGCGGUAGCAGCAGGACAGCCGCAGCAGCAGCAGCCCUCGCAAUCGUCGCACUCUGCAGGCGGAGGCGCUAGGCUGGGCAGCGGCGAGAAGAGCGCCUUCCGCACGGUCGAGAGGGCCCAGAAGCCCUCGGCCUUCCGAGCCAUCAGUCAGCUCCUCGCCGACGACUCGGAAUCGAGACGACAGCAGCAGCAG